CCAGGACGUGAUAAAGGAUCACUGCAACCACUGUCAUGGAAGCAAACAAGUUCCUUUGAAGACAACGACAUUGAAGUGAGCUCAAAGACAAAUAAUUAUGCCGCACAAAAACUGCCACAACAGCGACAAAGUUCUUUGAAUUACACUGCUAGCUCAAAAAGAAAGAAUUCUGAUGGUGAGUCUAAGUCUACACGAGUCUAUAUGAAAAAUGGAAGACCUGUAGAAACGGUUGCUUCCCCGCAGUUCACCUCAACCGACCAAUCGUCGGCUGUCAGUAUUACAGACACAAAAGAUAAAAGUUGUUUGGAUGACAAUGGGGCUACUUUUCUUUCUCCUGUUGAAGUUGAAAUCAAUGCAGAUAUAUCCGUGAAAGGUAAAGAUGAAAGUGCUACAUUUGCCGUUCCUCCAUACACAGUCUCUUCAAAUGAUGUGCAAGAUAUUAAAAAUAAUGAUUUGGUGGAAAGUCCAUCAGACAAUGUACCAAUAGAAAUGCAUGAAGAAUGGUUUGCACAACAUUCAAGUCUCGAAACGUGCCAACAGGGUAGUCGACACGAAAUAAAUGCAGGAAUAUCCGAGAGAAACUCUGUUGGGUAUAAUUCAGUACAGGCAGGCAAAUUGGAGAAAGAAGAUCAGUUAAAAAGCAAUACCGUCUUUGGAGAUAAUUCUACAGAUGUUGUCAAUGAGAAUAUCACUACUCAUGAUACUUCAGAAAUCUCACUGAGUGAAGAAACGGAGAGCGUAUUUGAUUCAACUUCGGUUUCAUCUAAAAUGAGCAAUACAACAGAGGGCAGCAAACACACCAAAUAUCCAUUUGUAGUAGUUCUUUCCAACCUUCCACCUUCCAUGAAGCGCCAAGACAUUGUUGCUUUAUUUGAAGAAAAAAAAUACGCUGGCUUUGUGAAGGUUCCUAGGACUAGACAGAAAGGCAAGGCUAUUGUUGUGUUUUCAAAUGCAGAACAAGCUUCAAAUUGUGCUAAGCAAAUGAAAGGCAACUGUAUCCUUGGGACAAAAAUCCUUGCCCACGCGAAAAUAUCAGUUAAAGAUAAUUCAAACCGUGACAAACAAUUGCCAAAGAACGAAGAAGUACCUGGUGCUAAUGAAAAGGUUAGCGGCUGGCUUGAAAAUAAAUACGACGAACAUUUGGACGGAAAAAGCGAGGAAUUUAACGGUGGAGCUAUUCAAGGAGGAUAUGUUGUCGUCGUAAAGAAAUUACCAAACUCUGUUUCCAGCGAACAACUUUAUGAUAUCUUUAGUAAGAAGUGCCUGGGGAUAAGAGAGACCAGACUCACACAACCAGGCUGUGGUGAGGUUGUGUUUGACAGUAAAGAGAAUGUGGAAAAUUGCUUAAGAAGAAAGCAUACAGUUAAUGAAAAGACGCUAACUGUAUCUUGUGAGGAAGAUAUGCCUUCAAAUGUCUAUUGUCACGAGCAGGAGAGUAAAGAAAAAAUGGGAAAGCAGAAGCCGUCAAGGAAAGAAAAACGAAGAAGACGACAAGAGCAACAACAGCAGGAGCAAGAACAACAACAGCGGCAACAACAAGAGCAGCAGCAACAACAACAACAACAACAACAACAACAACAACAACAACAACAACAACAACAACAACAACAACAACAACAACAACAACAACAGCAACAACAACAACAACAACAACAACAACAACAACAACUAAAAUCGCCGCACCAGCAACAGCAACAAAAACAAGACCAACUACUGUCGUUACAACAGGAACAAGGGAAAAAUGAGAAAAAUAGUGAACAGAAACAACAACUUCGACGUUUGGUGCAAAGCCAAAUAGAGGUACAAAAAGGCCUACAACAAAAGCAGCAGCAACAACGACAACAACAACGACAACAACAAAAACAACCGCAAAAACAACCGCAACAACAACAGCAACAGCAACAGCAACAGCAACAGCAACAGCAACAGAAGCUAACUAAGACGCCAAACAAUCACGUAGUCCAGCUUCGUGGAUUCCCCCUGGAUGCCGGUGAACAGGAAAUUCGAAAGUUCAUUAAAGACCAAUUGGAGGGUGUGGAAAUAUUGAAUCUUGUUAAAACAGAAGAUAAAUGCUUCAGUCUAAAGCUAAAAUCAGAAGACGAUUGCCAAAAAGUAUGCGACACUUUGCGAGGAUCAUCUUUUAAUAGUGCAGAAAUAACACCAAUUUGCAAAGGAAGAAAUAAAACCAGCCAGGACAAACCAUAUGUUGUCGUGGAAAACUUACAUCAAAAUGUCAGCAAGAAAGACAUAAAUAGCUAUUUCGUGAACUGUCAAGGCAUUGUUGAUAUUAAUAUAACACAAGAAAGUAAAAUAACGUAUGCACGCGUGUAUUUCGAGUCCGUAGAUCCAGCUGGCGAAGCAGUAGUGCGAAUGAAGGGAUUUCUUGUUGGACGUAAAAAGCUUAAAGUAACAGCAGGUGUUGGAAUAUCAGAAGAAUUAGCAUGGAUAAAAUUAGAACGCCAGCUUCAGGAGUAUUUGGAGCUUGUGCAGAAGCAGAAAAAAAUUCUUCUCACUAAAAAUGACGAAAAACUAAAAGUCCUUGAAAAUAGCAUCCCUGAUUCACGACCGCAGCGAAAACUGAUUUCUCUUGAAGAAUUUAAUCGUCUUCAAGAAACAAGGAAAACAUACGAAGGGAAAAAGCAAGAGCUUAUUGAGCAACGAAACGAGUUUGAAAAGAAAUUCCAACAACUUUUAGAAAGCUUUAAUCAGCAAAUUGAAGAUCACCGAAGUGUUAACAACAAAAAAGGAAUCGAAGAUAUUUUGAAAAUUCACAAACAUAUAACUGACAGGGAAUUUAGAAAGUUUAAGGCAAGUUUACCGAUUUAUGCGAAGCGUACGGAAAUCUUGGAAACUGUUGGUGGUAGUCAGAUUGUGGUUCUUGUUGGGGAAACGGGUUCUGGGAAAAGUACACAAUUGGCGCAAUAUCUAGCGGAGGAAACGUGGAGUCAAGGUAAAAAGAUUGUUGUAACCCAACCUCGAAAGAUUGCAGCAAUAAGUUUAGCAAAGCGCGUUUCUGAAGAGUAUGGAUGCAAGGUUGGCCAAGAAGUAGGAUAUCAUGUUGGUUUAGAUAAGACGAUUAAUGGAAAGACAAUUAUCAAAUUUGUUACUGACCGUAUUUUAUUGAACGAAGUUCUGAAAGGUGGCGAGAUGAUGCAACAAUAUUCGUGUAUUGUUAUCGACGAAGCGCAUGAAAGAUCUAUUCACACAGAUUUACUUGUGGCCAUGUUGAAGCGACAGCUCACUUCGUUUCCUCAUCUUAAGCUCAUCGUAACGUCGGCUACGUUGAAUACCGAGGUGUUCCGAAGAUAUUUCGACAAUUGUCCCUUGGUGACAGUGCCAGGUAGGACAUUUCCCGUAGAGCGUGUUUAUGCAAGGGAAAGACCUGAAGAUUAUGUUGAUGGUGUGUAUGAGAAGGUGAUGGAGGUUUGUGAAAGCGGAGAACAGGGAGAUAUUCUCGUGUUUUUGACGCAGCAGAAUGAAAUUGAGAAGACAUGUGAUAAGUUAGAGAAGAAACUAGGAAAGAGAAGUAUCAUCCUUCCACUUCAUGGAAAAUUGCAAUCAGAUGAGCAACAGAAGGUACUUCAAUACUUUUGUAUAUUAUAUUAA